GGUGCCGUGUCGCUUCAGCUCCCGCCGCCGCCACCGCCGUUCCCCGGCACCGAGCUCCCGCCGCCGCCUCCGCUCGGCUUCUCGGGGCAGAAGGAUGCGCUAAGGCACAGAAUUGGAAGGAAUGGACUACUCCAUUAUUUCUGACACACAAGAAAAGCAUCUCUGAAAUUGCAGCAGAUGUGGAAGAAAUGAAUAAUAAGUAUCGCAUAAAUGAUAGUGGCCUGGACAGUGAAGGAGGAAUCUGACAUGCAGACUAACUGUAUUUGGCUCAUGACUCCUGUCAGAUGAUGGACCUUAAACAGUGUAAGACUGGAAACAUCUGGGCUGAAUGGACUUUAGCAUCAAAAGAAGUUCUCAACUGUUAACUCGAAAAAUAAACUACAUCAAAAUGAAGCAGGUACCAGAGAUCCUUGGAAAUACCAAUGGGAAAACUCAGAAUUGUGAAGUGAAUCGCGAGUGUUCUGUCUACCUGGGCAAAGCACAACUUUCUGCCACUCUACAAGAAGGUGUCAUGCAAAAAUAUAAUGGCCAUGAGGCUCUUCCAUUUAUUCCAGCUGAUAAAUUGAAAGAUCUAACCUCUCGAGUGUUUAAUGGCGAGUCUGGGGCCCAAGAUGCCAAGCUGCGCUUUGAACCCCAGGAGAUAAAGGGAGUUGGAACACCACCCAACACUACUCCUAUCAAGAAUGGCUCUCCAGAAAUUAAGCUGAAAAUCACUAAAACCUACAUGAAUGGAAAGCCUCUUUUUGAAUCUUCCAUUUGUGGAGACAAUGGUGCAGAUGUGUCUCAGUCAGAGGAAAACGAACAAAAGCCAGCAAACAAGGAGAGGAGAAGCAGAAAAAGAAGCAUAAAAUAUGACUCCUUACUUGAGCAGGGUCUUGUCGAAGCAGCGUUAGUAUCAAAGACUUCAAGCCCCACCGAAAAGAAGGCUCCUGCUAAGAGAGAUCCAACUCAAGGUACCAUCAAAGAAGACAAAGUCCAUCUGUUGAAGUAUAACAUAGGAGAUCUAGUGUGGUCAAAAGUGUCUGGUUUUCCAUGGUGGCCAUGUAUGGUUUCUGCUGAUCCUGUUCUCCACGCCUACACUAAACUAAAAGGACAGAAAAAGAGUUUUCGUCAAUAUCAUGUUCAGUUUUUUGGAGAUGCCCCAGAGCGAGCCUGGAUAUUUGAGAAGAGCCUUGUGCCCUUUAAAGAAAAAGACCAGUUUGAACAAUUAUGCCACGAAAGUGCAAAACAAGCCCUCACUAAAGCAGAGAAAAUAAAGAUGUUAAAGCCUGUUUCAGGGAAGCUGCGGCCACAGUGGGAGAUGGGUGUUAAGCAAGCAAGCGAAGCAGUAGGCAUGACAGUGGAAGAACGGAAGGCCAAGUACACCUUCAUCUAUGUUAGGGACAGACCUCAUCUUAAUCCUCGAGUGGCAAAGGAAGUUGGCAUUGCUGUGGAACCCCUGGAGGAGGUAGAUGAGUCGUCUUACUCGAACGAAGAAACCACUCAAAAUCUGAAAUCGAUGAAGGAGUCUGGCAUUCCUAACAAGAGGAGGAGAAGGACAUCAAAAUUGUCAGCCACUGAUGAUAUGGAAGAAAGCACUCAGUCAGGGACUAAGGAUACGACUCCUCAAAAGUCAUCCGAACAGGCAGAAUCCAAAAGAGGGAUAGGCUCCCCUCUCAAUAGAAAGAAAACUCCAGCAUCUACUCCACGAAGCAGAAAGGGCGAUGCAGUAUCUCAGUUUUUGGUCUUUUGUCAGAAGCACAGAGAUGAGGUGGUUGCUGAACAUCCAGAUGCUUCAAGUGAGGAGAUUGAAGAAUUGCUCGAAUCGCAGUGGAACAUGCUUAGUGAAAAACAGAAAGCUCGCUAUAACACAAAGUUUGCCAUAGUGACCUCUCCCAAAUCUGAAGAAGACUCUGGUUCAUCAUUGAAGAAUAUUGGAGAGGCCAAACGUAAAGUGUUUCAAGACUCACCUAAAAGGAGAUCAAGAUCCAGAAGUAACUUACAUGGAAAUAAAAGAAAACAAAAAAAGAGGACAAAGGAACCUACAGAAGAUUUUGAAGUUCAGGAAGCACCUAGGAAAAGACUCAGGAUGGAUAAACAGAAUAAUCGGAAGAGGGAGACAAGCAAUGACAAAACAGCCAAAACAAACUCUUCUAAGGUCACAGAAACCUCCUCUUCACAAAAGAACCAGUCAGCAACGAAAAAUCUGUCUGAUGCAUGUAAACCUCUGAAGAAGCGAAAUCGGGCUUCAGCAGCAGAAUCUUCAACUCUUGCUUUUAGCAAGAGUUCAUCUCCUUCAGCUUCCUUAACUGAGAAUGAGAUCUCCGAUGGCCAAGGAGAUGAGCGCUCAGAGUCUCCCUAUGAAAGUGCUGAUGAAACUCAGACUGAAGUGUCUAUAUCAUCCAAAAAAUCUGAGCGAGGAGCAGGAACAAAAAAAGAAUAUGUGUGUCAGCUGUGUGAAAAAACAGGUGAUCUCCUACUGUGUGAAGGACUUUGCUAUCGAGCUUUCCAUGUAAGCUGCCUUGGGCUCUCUGGAAGACCAGCAGGAAAAUUCAUAUGUAGCGAAUGUACAUCAGGUGUGCAUACCUGUUUUGUGUGCAAAGAGAGAAAGGCAGAUGUGAAGCGCUGUGUCGUAUCUCACUGCGGGAAAUUCUACCAUGAAGCUUGCGUGAAAAAAUUCCAUCUCACUGUGUUUGAGAACAGGGGGUUUCGAUGUCCUCUGCACAGCUGCCUAAGUUGUCAUGUUAGUAACCCCUCACAUCCACGGAUUUCAAAAGGAAAGAUGAUGCGUUGUGUUCGCUGUCCUGUCGCAUACCAUGCUGGAGACGUUUGCAUUGCUGCGGGAUGUGCAGUCAUCGCUUCCAACAGCAUUGUUUGUACAAAUCAUUUCACUGCCAUGAAAGGAAAAAGUCAUCACGCGCAUGUCAAUGUGAGCUGGUGCUUUGUGUGUUCAAAAGGAGGAAGCUUGUUGUGCUGCGAGUCGUGUCCUGCAGCCUUUCACCCAGACUGCUUAAACAUCGAAAUGCCGGAUGGGAGCUGGUACUGCAAUGACUGCAGGGCGGGGAAGAAGCUCCAUUUCCAGGAUAUUAUUUGGGUUAAACUGGGAAAUUACAGAUGGUGGCCUGCAGAAGUUUGCCAUCCGAAAAACGUUCCCCCAAAUAUCCAGAAAAUGAAGCAUGAAAUCGGAGAAUUUCCUGUGUUUUUCUUUGGUUCUAAGGAUUACUACUGGACACACCAAGCACGAGUGUUCCCUUAUAUGGAGGGAGACAGAGGGAGUAGAUACCAGGGGAUCAAAGGAAUUGGAAAAGUCUUCAAAAAUGCUUUGCAAGAAGCCGAAGCUCGAUUUCGAGAAAUAAAGCUGCAGCGAGAAGCCAAAGAAACCCAAGAAAGUGAACGUAAACCUCCACCAUACAAGCAUAUUAAGGUGAAUAAACCUUGUGGUAAAGUGCAGAUAUAUACUGCUGAUAUUUCUGAGAUUCCCAAGUGCAACUGCAAACCCACAGAUGAAAACCCUUGUGGCUUCGAUUCUGAGUGCCUAAAUCGGAUGCUGAUGUACGAAUGCCAUCCACAAGUUUGUCCAGCGGGAGAGCGGUGCCAAAACCAGUGCUUUACAAAACGACAGUACCCGGAGACAAAGAUCAUCAAAACCGAUGGGAAAGGCUGGGGUCUGGUCGCCAAGAGGGACAUCAAAAAGGGAGAAUUUGUGAAUGAGUAUGUUGGUGAGCUGAUUGAUGAAGAGGAAUGUAUGGCAAGAAUCAAAUAUGCACAUGAAAAUGAUAUUACCCACUUCUAUAUGCUUACUAUUGAUAAGGACCGGAUUAUUGAUGCUGGCCCCAAAGGAAACUAUUCUCGGUUUAUGAAUCACAGCUGCCAACCAAAUUGUGAAACUCUCAAGUGGACAGUAAACGGAGACACUCGUGUCGGCCUGUUUGCUGUGUGUGAUAUUCCUGCAGGGACAGAGCUGACUUUUAAUUACAACCUUGACUGUCUGGGCAAUGAGAAAACAGUCUGCAAAUGUGGUGCCCCAAACUGCAGUGGAUUUCUUGGGGACAGACCAAAGAAUUCUUCCACUAAUGCCUCAGAAGAAAAAGGCAAAAAGACCAAAAAGAGAACACGGAGACGCAGAACGAAAAAUGAAGGGAAGAAAGAAUCUGAAGAUGAUUGUUUCCGUUGCGGUGAUGGAGGCCAGCUGGUGUUGUGUGACAGGAAAUCUUGUACUAAAGCUUAUCAUCUCUCCUGCCUUGGUUUGGUGAAACGUCCUUUUGGGAAGUGGGAGUGUCCUUGGCACCACUGUGAUGUUUGUGGCAAACCUUCUGUUUCUUUCUGCCACUUCUGCCCAAAUUCUUUCUGCAAGGAACACCAAGACGGGACAGUACUAAAUUCUAUGUUGAAUGGACAGUUAUGCUGCUCUGAACAUGUUCUCGGGGUGGAUUCUGUUGAGACUCAGAAGACUGAGAAACCCCGCAAAAAACUGAACAAGUUGAAGCCUAAGAGAAAGCAGAGGAACAGAUGGAUGAGAGCUGAAUGCAAAUAGUCAUGGACUGCAGUUUCUACUGCCAACACUAUCUUGUAGAUAAGUUGUGAAUAUGACCAGGGAAGGACACAAUUUUACAUAUAUUCUGUAAAGGAUACAUGGGGAGGGGGGGAUUUUUUGUUUUGUUUUGUUUUUAUAAAUCCACUGAGCCAACCACAGCAGUCUUCUGCUGCUUCUGCACUGAUAUCGAACUGCAUAGUUCAGAGAAUUUCAGGACAAACCAAACUUAUUACUCAGCAUUACAGUUACACUUGAAUUGUUACGAAUGUAAAAGGUUCCCUCCAAAAUACUUGCAGAUUUGGAGGUAGGUUAAAAUCAAACCAGGUAGGCGUAAACAUAGGGUUUUUGAGAUAGUAUUUGUCAACCAACAGAUGUUUAAAAUAGUAUAUCCUUGAAAGAAGUUAUUAGCUCGCAAGUCCUUUUAAGUAAGAAAUGGCUUGGUCUGUGGUCCCAAUGAGAUUUGCUUGCCUUGUGUGUUUUUGAGCAAGUGCUUGAAUGCCAUUCAUGAUCCAGGUGCGUAUCUCGCCAUCACCACACACAUAACAAUCCGUUCGUGCUCUUAGAAAAUAGCUCUCCAGUGUUGCUUAAACAACCAUGGUUUUAAAUACCCUUCCACCAAGAAAUGUAGUGCGUGGUGGGAACGGCACACUCUGUACCAGAGAGGGGAAAUCUUACAUUUAAGAGAUUUUUUUCUAUACUGUUUUUUCCUGUAUUUCAUUCCAGUGAAAUAGAAGUGACUUGAUCUUGCAGAGCUGUACAAGUCUGGAUUUAAAGGGAUAUUGUCUUGCAAUCUAGGCCCAAUACUCUAGGAAUUUUAUGUUUUAAUAAAAAAAAAAGUCUUACAAAACCUAGUAUUGGAAAAAAUCACUCCAUUUUUUUUCUUUUUUUCCCUUAAUGUCAGGUAAAACACAGAGGCAGACGUUUCUUUGGAAUGCUUGAAGCCCAAGCAUUACACUUUGCGAUAAGGCAAAAAAUGCCCAACAAGGAACAAAAAGAAACCCCCGUGAAUGAAACAGAAGGUGACACUUGGCUGAAGUGCAAAAGCUAAAUUCAAACCAACUAAUUAAAAGUGAAAUAGGUUUUUGAGGAAGCACAUAAGGAACAAUUUAAAGUGAAAUUUAGCCUGUUCCUUUUGAUAACCUUUGUGUAAAACUGGCUACUUGACUUGGCAGACUGAAACGAGCUCUGCUCUCGACUAUCUUAUUGCCACUAUGUUGUGUCAGCAAAGCUGUUCUGAAUUCUUUGCUCCUGUUAGGUUCUCACACUUGCAGUGAGAUGAAUAUACAAGAUUUAGUAUUGAUGGAAAUAAUGUUAGAACUAGGAAAAAACGGUAAAGAAAAAGGUCUUUACCUGUUUUCUUCCCAGUGCAUGUCAUUGGUGUGUGAUUAGGCAGUGUUACAAGUAAGUUUUGACUUGUGCCAUUGUUAUCUAGCCUACGUAAACACAAUGUGCGCCUUCAUGUCCAUGUAGUAAUUUGUGUAUGUUCUAGCUUAGUUUGCCUUUAAUAGUGCAGAAACUCUGCGUAGCCCUUUUGAAGAUGAAGCCUUGCUAUAUCAUGAAAGUGUAUGGGGUUUUUUCCCCAAAGUAUUUCUUCAGGAUUUGAUUGCAGAUUUAGUUUUUGGAAUUCUUGAGAUCCCCAUUUGUUCCCAACACGUAAAAACUUUGGUUUUAUUAGAAGAGAUUAAUUGAAAGAGGUUUUAAAUGUAGCAUUGCCCUAUCCUGAACCCCUUGAUUUCUAUUUUGUGACCAAACUGCUUUGUUCUUUUAAGCAAUUUUUAUAAACACUGUUGGAAGGUUGAUUUUUUUUUUUUUUUAAUGAUUUGGAAAAAAAUAGCACAAUUCCAAACAGGGAGAAGUGUUCCAUGGUUGUGUUUGAAAGUGGUUUGCCAAGCCUUGCACUUACGCUAACUACAGAUCAAGAUUUAAUUGAUUUGGAGGGAAACCUUCCCUCUGCUACAGGUAUUUGUUACACCCGGGCUGAAGCAUAGGCCUGUGCCUAAAAUCAAACCCAAAAGCUGGUAUUUUGUACAUGUCUCUGAGUUUUGAGGGGAGGAAAGUGCGAUCAGGUAGUAAAGCAAGAAAGGUUUUCCUCAUUGCUUUUAAACAAAAUGAAGGAAUUUGAUGGCAUUGGGACCAUUCUUUGAAUACUAUACCAUGUAAGGAAGGCUUUAGAAGAAUCCCUUUAAAUAAGUUAUUAUAAAAUUUUACCUUUACAUUCCAUUGCUUUUACAAUUUGUUAAUUUUUUUUUAGUUGUUUCGUUGCUUUUUCCUCUUCAUGUAUAGGUGUAACAGCUCUGGCACCCUGGAACAGUUAUGCCCCAGGUCCUAAGAGGCAGAUACCCACUUCCAGAAGCCACCGUCUCAUAGUUACCAAUGGGCACAGUAACACCAGCUGGUUUACGAUCGGUCACGGAGCCUACGACUCCCUGCCUGCCUCUCAGGUGGGCUCACAAGCACAUUUAGUACGGCAGGAUGCAGGACAGCCGCCCGCCUUGGAUCUGUCUGUGGGUAAAUAAAGCCCUUGGCCUUCAAAGCAACCCCUCUCAGCGCUCCUUUCACAAGGUUAAAUUUACACAGACAGAUCUUAGCAAGUGGCUGUUUGCCCUCCUGCUUCCUUCUACCUCUUCUCUGCUCUUUACUACUCAACUCUUUGGGCCAAUGAAGGCUUGCAUCACUGAGACUGCAAACUAGGAGUUUGCUUUGGAGUUGCCGGGAAUUCAUUCCAUCUGCUGAUCACAUAAAAGAAAUGUGGAUCAUGUUCUCCCUUAAUACGUACUGACCGUGUAACCCCAUGAGCUCAGCGAAGUCACUCAGGUGGUGAGCUGGUAGAACUUUAGUUUCCGAAUCAGGAAGGUGGUUUUUAGGUGUCUUUUCAUGAAGGCUUUUGUUACCUUACGCUGCAGCACUGGGAAAAUAGGCUGAGGUUUUGUUAAAAAGAGAAGACAAAAAUUGUUUCACUGUUUUCCUUCUCCCCCUGUUCAAAUACAGGGGAAAAUGACCUUGAAAAAUUAAGCUUUCUCAUGAUGCCACUCACUCAAUACAUUUUAGCAUUCAGCAAUCUAAAAGAUUUUCUGUUAUAAAUUCACCUAAAUAACAUCCAAAUAUGGCAUAAUAUGUGGGAUUAAAUUAUGUACUUAGUGUCUCGCCCACCAAAGUAGAAAGAUGUCUUUCCUUUUCCAAACCUGGUACAUAACAGCCAAAUUCAGAGUUUGUUGUUCUUUUAUCAAUCACAUGAGCAAGCGUGGAACCAAUUUUCAGUUGUCUAUGUUAGAUGUGUUUUCAUACAGUCUAGGAGGAAUAAUCAAAUUAAAUGUCUGUUUUGUUCAAUAGCUUCGUGUUCAUGGUCAGUUUUUAGAUUAUUUUUAAUUUGAAUUACUUGGAAAGCAGAAUAUCUUGAAAGACGUAUUAAUGGGGUUUUCCACAUUGUUGAGUCACGUUAUUCCAUGUCUGACUGCUUGAGAAACUUCAGUGUCUUAUUAAAUAUUAAAAUUUAUUCCUAGUUA